AUGGUUGGAGAAAAUCUUGUAGUCAAAUCCAGUGACAUGGAAGGCCAGGACUUCCAGAUACAGAGAGGAGACCGGCUCUCAUCCGGCUCCUCAGAUUACAUGGUGCUGGACUUCCUGGGAGAAGGCAGCUUCGGGAAGGUCACCAGGUGUGUGGAGCUGGACACCUACAAGACGGUGGCCAUCAAAAUAAUGAAGAAGCGGCAGCAGGCGAUGCGUGAUGCCCAGCUGGAGGUUUCCAUGCUGAAGAAGCUCCGAGCUCUGGACCCAGACAAGUGUAACCUCGUGAGGUGGAACGGCUGUUUCAAUCACAGAGGACACUUUUGUCUGGAGUUCGAGAUGCUGGACAUCAGUCUCCGGGACUUCUUGAAGCAGAGGGGCUUCCGGGGUCUCUCCCUGAGCGAGAUCAGACCCAUAAUGCAUCAGCUGGCCACAGCACUCGCACAUCUGAAGAGUGCUGGGAUCACACACUCUGACCUGAAGCCAGAUAACAUAAUGAUGGUGGACCAUGUCUGGCAGCCCCUGAAGGUCAAAAUCAUUGAUUUUGGCUCAGCCUUUGAGACCUCAGGGGCCAGGUCGGGGUCCUAUAUUCAAACCCGCUGGUACAGAUCCCCGGAGGUCAUGCUGGGUCUUCCCUACACAGAGGCCAUUGAUGUCUGGUCUCUGGGCUGCGUCGCUGCUGAACUGUUCCUUGGUCAGCCGCUCUACCCGGGAAGGAACGAAUAUGAAAUGUUCAGCCACAUAGUGCGGACUCAGGGUCCUCUGCCUGACCACCUACUCCAUUGUGGACGCAGAACAAACAUGUUUUUCUGCAAAUCCAGCACCAACCGCCAUCAAUGGAGACUCAAGACACCAGCAGAGUACUAUGGGGACAAUGUCUCCUGGUCAGGAGAGACCCUGACGCAGCCUCUCAGGUCCCUGGAAGACCUUCAGCAGAUCAGUGGGUCCGGACGUGGGACAUCAGCAGGCAACAUGGCAAAUGAUCUGUGUCGGUUCGUGGCCAUGCUGAAGAAGCUGCUGCAGCUGGAUGCUAACCAAAGAAUAACACCCAGACAGCUCCUGCAGCAUCCAUUCAUCAGCAUGAGCCACCUACAGGAGCUCAUCCCCCACAGGCCAAAUGUGCAGCCCUGCCAUAAGAUGAUGGCUGUCUGUCAUCAGACCUCUGACCGUGGGAACACUAUGUCCUGGUCCACCCACCAGCCAUCCCGGCCCCAGCAGGCCUCCUCCACCACUGCCUGCUUUGCCCGGCCAAGCAACCCCCACCAGGGUCAUGCUUUUAGGCACAGGGACCCGGCCCAGGCACCCCGACAGGGCACAAACCCCACUGCCACCACCAAGAGGAAGGGAAGCUCUGGUGGACUGUCUGUGCCAGGCCAGGCUGAGCACAGUAAACCCCUCCAGGCUCAGCCCUCCGGUCACAGGAGCCCGGCCCAGGCACCCCAACGGGGCGCCAACCCACAUCCCUCUUGCACCAGCAAGAGGAAGAGGAGCUCACCCAGAACACUGGUGCAGAGCAACUCUGUGGUGGCCCCACCCGUUUACACAGAGGGGCCUGGGUCAAAUCAAACAUCUGAGUCCCAAUCCAGACCUCAGGUGAAAAGGAGGAGGGUUGAGGAGCAGACUGGAGAGGGGCCCUCACACCAGGCCAGGGCAGAAAAGAAGAGGAAGAGGGCUGAUCUACCAUGUGGGGAUGACAGACACAGUGCCAGAGAUACAGGCCUGCCUGACAGCAAGAGGGCCAGGAUGGUAACCAAGCCCAGGUCCAAUGGAGCUGCAGCCAGGGCCCAGAGCACAGCCAGCACCUACAGGGCUGAGAGUGGCACCCUCUCCUCUGUGGCCCGUACCUGGUAUGCCAGCUUUGUCCCAGAGCUGCUGCCCUCCCUGCCCUCCCAGUGCUCAAAGAGGGCUAAUCCUGGGCCUGGAAGGGCCACGUAG